AUGCCCUUCGAACACGUAGCCAUGGACCUGGUGGGGCCCCUCCUGAAAAGCACCGUGCGAUUUCAGUAUGUGUUGGUCCUAGUAGAUUAUGCUACUCAUUUCUUGGAGGCAGUACACCUGCGGAGCAUCACCGCUUGGCCCCGCUUCGAUGGAGAAGACAGCGAGAAGAACUACACGGUGGUGGAGGAGGCCCUGGCAGUGAAAUGGGAUUGUGAUGCCCUACAUUACUACCUUCUUGGAGCCCCAUUCACCCUAGUCACCAACCACGCCCAACUUCAGUGGAUGAAUAAAAUGAAAGACAAUAAUAUGAGAAUACAGCAAUGCUGCCUGUUCCUCCUCUCCCUGCCGAGCUUCAGCUCUGGCUCCAAUGACAACGGCACCGUGGUGCUCACCACCAGUGGCCCCAUCCGGGGCAAGCGCCUCCAGGCUGGCUCCAGCACAGUGACGGCCUUCCUGGGCAUCCCCUACGCCGAGCCCCCCGUGGGGACCUUGCGCUUCCAGAAACCGCUUCCCCACCAGCCCUGGAGCCAAAUCCUGGAAACCACCAGCUUCGGCAAUGUCUGCCACCAGCCUCCGCUUCCUAGUUACCCUGAGACCAAAUUAUUGACACCCACCACGCCGCAAUCUGAGGACUGCCUCUUCCUCAAUGUCUGGGUGCCCCAUCCCCGGCCCCCUACACCAGCCCCCAUCCUCAUCUGGAUCCACGGCGGUGGGUUCUUCACCGGGGCAGCCUCCGUUGAGAUCUAUGAUGGGCGCUUUUUAGCAGCAACCGGGAAAAUGAUCGUGGCCUCCAUGAACUACCGGCUGGGGGCGCUGGGCUUUUUGUCUCUGCCCCCGGCCGCCCCGGGGAAUGCCGGCCUGUGGGACCAGCGCCUGGCGCUGCGCUGGCUGCGGGACAAUGCAGCCGCCUUUGGUGGGGAUCCAGCCCACGUGAUGCUUUCCGGCCAUGGCUCUGGGGCUGCGUCAGUCGGCUUCCACCUCCUCUCCCCGGGGAGCCGGCCCCUCUUCACCCGCGCCAUGCUGCAGAGCGGAUCCCCGACAGGACCCUUGGCUUCAAGUUCGCUUGAGGAGGCCAAGGAGAGAGGCCAGAGGCUGGGCCAGCUGCUGGGCUGCACCGAUAGCGAUGACACGGCCUUGGUGGGCUGCCUGCAGGGGAAAGAACCCGGGGAGUUCCCCAAACACGAGUUCUCCAUCUUGCGCCACAGGGAGCUGCUGGGGCUGCCCUUUGUGCCGACAACAGAUGGGGAUUUCCUGCCUGAUUCACCAUCAAGACUCCUGCAGGCUAAGCAGAGCCAGCCUAUACCCAUCGCAGCUGGUUUCACUGCCAACGAAGGCUCCUACCUACUACUCUUUUCUGCCCCCACCUUACAGCUGCAGAACGCCAGCAACGUCGGUAUGGAGGAGCUGCUGCUUGUGUUGAAGCUCAUGGUGCCAGGGGCACCAGAAGGGGCCGUCCAGGCUGUGGCUCGGUGGUACAGCCAGGAGGGGGAGAAGCAGGGCGAGGCACAGUAUCGAUGGGCCAUGGAACAAAUUGUUGGUGACUACAUCAUUUUGUGCCCAGUAGCCGAGCUGACCAGGCUAGAAACAGAGGCCG